AGGAUAGAUUGUCGUUUCAUGGAUGGUCCGUACUCUGCAACACCCUGACACCCACAUUAAUACCCCUCUCUCCCUUCUCCCUUAGAAUCCGCCAUUAAUACUACUACUCUGCAAUUCUCUCUCUGUAUUUGAAAACCUCAAAAAGAAGGAACACCAUUAAUUUCUUUCUCUCUCCGAGUCACUUUCCCAUACUUUCUCUCUCUUUCUCUUGUUCUUUUGUUUCAAUGAUGAUUCAAUUUCUGGGUGUGUGUAUAUAUCAGCAUUGAAUGCAGACCCAGCUUCAAAGUCGCUGCAACUCCUUCACACUCUUGGUAGUAGUGAAUAUUAAAGUAGAAGAACAGCAAGAGGAGUGGGAGAAUGGGGAGAACACCUUGUUGUGAUAAGAGGGGGUUGAAGAAAGGCCCGUGGACUCCUGAAGAAGAUCAAAUCCUUGUUGAUUACAUCAACAAGAAUGGCCAUGGAAGCUGGCGUUCUCUUCCUAAGAAUGCAGGUCUCCUCCGCUGUGGGAAAAGUUGCAGACUCCGAUGGACCAAUUAUCUUAGACCAGACAUUAAGCGAGGACCCUUCACUACUGAUGAAGAGAAGCUUGUCAUACAGCUUCAUGGCAUCCUAGGAAACAGGUGGGCUGCCAUUGCCUCUCAACUGCCCGGAAGGACCGAUAAUGAGAUCAAGAACCUAUGGAACACCCACUUGAAGAAGCGCCUGCUUGGAAUGGGGCUUGACCCACAAACCCAUGAGCCCUCGGCUACUUCCUGUGGGCCAAUAGCAAAACCACCUUCGUCCCCUUCAACCCGGCACAUGGCGCAAUGGGAGAGUGCUAGACUAGAAGCGGAGGCUCGGCUCUCAAGGGAGUCAUUACUGUCCAACCCACCACCACCUUUGGGAAGAAAUAACGAUUCGGACUAUUUCCUACGCCUAUGGAAUUCUGAGGUUGGAGAAUCAUUCCGCAACAAGGGACAGAAACCUGCAUGUCAAAGCCCAGUUUCUCAGGCAUCUUCAUCAACAAAAUGUGGCUCAGUUUCAGGCGUUACUACAAUGGAGACAUGCCCCACGGUGAGCAAUAAAAUUGAAGAUACCCCUCAAAAUGCAAUGGCAGGAUCAGAUUGCUCAAGCACCAACGAGCUGGAGGAUUCAUCAGACACAGCAUUACAGCUGCUGUUUGAUUUCCCAGUUAAUAAUGACAUGAGUUUUCUAGAAGGAAACCUCGACACCUAUCCCACAUUCCCUGCUAUGUUGUCUGAAAGCUCCUUCAUCUCCCUCUGAACCAUAUGCUUGAAACCAUCCCUUCCAUUUUGGCAUACAUUAAUUUUGAGGAGAUAAUUGAUGGGGUUGGUUUGUUAGGCCAGUUUAGAUUCAGGAGUCCGCGUUAUAUUUCUGGCUUUCAUUGAUAGAGCGCGGCUAGUUCGGUAUAUAUAAUAGAUAUGUGACUUCUACCAUUUGAAACUUCUGAUUUAGUCUCCCAACAUGUUUUAUAUCUUUAUCAAACUAUAGUAAUCUUGGUGGAA